CCUGGAACCUGCGCCGGAUGAAAAUCGGACAUUCGUAGGGACUUUCUCGUAGACAUUUUCCAGAUACAGUCUUCAGGAUGAUAUUGAGCCACUUCGUCGUAGCUGUCCUGGCAGCCUUUAUUAUUCUUUCUAUCAGGCUGUGGCCACAUGGCAGAUAUUCAUCGGUGCUUGCAGCAUUGUCUGCAUCAGCAGUGGAUUUCGAGAAGCCCUCUCUCAAUAAUUCUCAACACAUCCAGAAAGUCAUCCGUGAAGGCCUCAUUCUUGCUGGAGAUGGAGUUGCCAUUCUUCUUCAGGUUGCCAUGCCGGGAAUCGGUAAAGCUGUUGACCGUCAUAGCAACUUCGUCUACCGACCACUUGACCGGCUGCGCACGACGAUGACCUUUCUUUAAUGCAUGACUUUCGGUACUCCGCAGGAGAAACGCAUCAUCGUCGAUAUGGUUCAUCGCGCGCAUGCUUCAGUCAAGGGGGCUGGUUACUCGGCCGACGAGGCGCAUCUCCAACUCUGGGUGGCAGCAACGCUCUAUGCCGUUGCUGUUAGUAUGUAUGAGGAUAUUUUUGGAUCGAUGGAGCCAGUAGCCGCCGAAGUCCUGUAUCAGGAGUACGCUAUCUUUGCGGUAUCGCUGCGCGUACCGGCGGAGAUGUGGCCGGCCGAUCGAAGGGACAUUUGGGCGUACUGGAACCAGCAUAUCGAAAGCUUGGAGGUCACUCCAGAGGCGAAACAUGUGGCCUAUGAUCUGCUAUACAAUGCAAGGCUUCCGCUGCUGGUGGCGAUGCUUAUGCCAUUGAUUCGGCUGAUCACGGUGGAGAUGCUUCCUCCGCGGAUCCGACGGGCAUAUGGGUUCGAAAGCACGGUGCUGCAAAGGAUGACGUAUCGUAUCGUCUUGGAAAUGACCAGGGCGAUUUAUCCUCUGAUUCCGACCUAUAUUCGGACAAUCCCGAUGAGGUAUUAUCUGAAGGAUAUGCGGAAGCGGAUAAGACGGAUUGAUCGACAGUGAUAUGCAGUACUUUCCGUAUGCCAUACGUUAGCGUGUGAUUUCGACGAAUGAUAGAUAAUCCCACCUAUAUUGAGAUAGAAUAUAAUAUCACUUGCCAAAUUGCCA